AUGAAUAGCACCCUGAGGGAUGCCCAGGCCCCGAGCUACCGUGAAUGCCUCCUCCCCUCUGUGGCUCGGACCUCCUCUAUCACCCAUGUCACGCCAGCCAAGAAGAUAACCUUCUUCAAGAAAGGGGAUGCCUGGUUUUCCGGGGUCCGGCUAGCAGUUCACCGGCGCACCUUUAAGAGCUUCAGUGCCCUGAUGGACGAGCUCUCUCAGCGCAUGCCUCUCUCCUUCGGGGUGCGCUCCAUCACCACGCCCCGGGGGCUGCGCUGCCUUAGCACUCUGGAGCAGCUGGAAGAUGGGGGCUGCUACCUCUGCUCUGACAAGAAGCCCCCCAAGGCCCCCAGUGAGCCUGGCAGGCAUCAAGGGACAGGCCUCUCUGCUCAGCCGUCGGGGGAUUUCGAAGGCUGGUAUGAGGUCCCAGGAAUACCUUCUUCCUGGAAGAACCCUAAAGCCCCAAGGAGGAUAAUGUUGGUUAAGAACAUGGACCCUAGAUUCAAGAGGACAGUGGUUCUCAGUCAUAGAAACACUAGAAGCCUUAGGGCCUUUCUCAACAAAGCCUCAGAUCUUCUGCACUUUCCCGUGAAGCAGGUGUUUACAAUCAGUGGGAAAAAGGUGGACUCCCUGCAGAGUUUGCUACACAGCCACUUGGUGCUGGUGUGUGCUGGUCAUGAGUCCUUCAGACCUCCUGCAAUGGAAGAUUCUAGGAGAAAUGGAACUGAAACUUUACCUAAGCUGAAUUUAAGGAACAAAAAUGGGAGCUGGGGACUGAAGGCCAAGCAGAGUGUUAUCCACUCGAGGUCCAAAUCAGGUGGCAGGUCACGGCAGUUCUCCUUGCUGUCAGAGAGGUCUGGUAUCAGUGACCCCUCAGUGUCCCUGCAUCGCACCUGGAUGGGCCCUGCCCUUCAUAGUGACCCUCAGGACACAUCUGCCUGCCUUGGCCCCUUGGUGGCUGAUGAUGACUUUGAGAAGAAGGUCCACAUGAAUGAGGACGGCAGUCUGUCUGUGGAGAUGAAAGUCCGUUUCCAUCUGCUCAGCGAUGACAUGCUCCUGUCGUCCACAGGGGCCAGGAGGGCCAGCACCCUCACGACAGCCAGUGGGGAGUGCCCUGUCCUGGGGGAGGUGGACCCCCUACAUUGUGUGUGGGAAGGCAGCUCUGGGGGCUUCUCAGAGCCUGGGACGCUGGGACUGAGGCCCUGUGAGUCAGGCAGUGAGGAGGCCUUUAACCAAGACCAGCAGGCAAGUCCCAGCUACGAGAUCUGGACAAACCCCCUGUACAGGACCCAGCAAGAGGACACAGGUUCUUGGAGUAGGGCUGGGCUUACUCAGCACUGCCACUCCAUGGCUUCCUGGAGCCAAGUUGUUGCCAGCUGGAAAAGAACCAGUAAGGCCAGUGUCAGCUCUGCCUCCAAUGCCAGACCUCCAGCAGGCUCUGAGCCAAAAUCCUUGUACUGCCCCAGGACCCUGGAAGGCAGCAUGGGCAGCUGCAGUGGGUGUCAAUCCUCCAGGGCUACCUCCAAGAGAAGAGGUGAGCAGGAAGUUGGCUGCACGCCCUGGGCUGGUGGGGGCCCAAACCUAGGACCCGACCUAUGUCCAAAAGGAGCAGAGGAGGGCAGCAGGGAACAACAAGCUGAAGAGGAGGGACAUGAAGAAGCACCUUCACUGGGCUGCCUGAAACAUGGGCCUUGUAGCCUAGAGGAUGCUCUUCCUGAUUCAUCAGCAAGUGCCAGGUUUCUCAAGAAGUCCAGUGAAAGGGGUGAGCCAUACUGGGGCUGCGCAAGCAGGAUGGGAACCAUGACUUCACAGCAGGAACACACCCAGGAAGGCAGCACCGAUUGCCCUACUUUGAGUCCCUCGUCUUUGAAGAACGGAGACCUACAGGCAAAGGAGUGUGGACAGGGCACUGGAAGCCACAAGGCCAGGGAUGGGUCUGUGACAAAGCUACCUGUGGCUUUGGGCCAUUCUAGCUCAUGGGAUGCUGAAGGGUGCUCUUCCCCAUUUUUCCCCUGUACCUCAGCCCAGAGAAGGAGGAGAAAGCAGAAGAGCCAGGCUAGUGCUGUGUCCUCACCCAGCACUUCUAGCUUUGGCAGCAUUUCCCAAAGAAGCUGCCACAGGGUUGAUCACCUGGAUGAAAAGGCAGGAGGCAACAUCACCAAGCUCUCCACACCCUUGGUUUGGGUAGUUAAAAGGCCUGAUGGAGUGAAAUCAGGAGACCACCGAGGCAACUACUGCUCCCAGAUUGAUACAGCCCUAGUCUGUGGGACCCAUGGUGGUAAAACGCAGGCCCCGCAGGCUUCUCAGCCACAGGGCGGCCUACAACCUAUCUCUGGGGCCUGCUUGGUGUGCAGCAGGUACAGCCCCACACCCCCGAGGGGACAAUCUUGUGUCAAGAAACACUCUUCAAGCAGCAGUAGCAAUAGCAAUAACAACCAAGGUACUGACUGGGGGUCAAGUGGAGGUAAGCAGGGGGAUGAAAAACUCAAUGGACUGAGAACACUGACUCUGGGCUCAAAAUCAGGGGCCAUAGGGAAAACAGUGAGAGCAACCAAGAGGAGCAGCCCCAGCCCCAGCCUCAGCCCCAGAGGGAUGUCACAGGGGAAGAUUGCUAGUGAAGAGGAAAGCCUUGAGGAAAGAGAGGAAGAUGGCAACAUGAUGCCUAGUACUCUGCCCCACAUCUCACCAGAAGCUGUCAUCUGUGAAUGGCUGAACCACAUCCCAGAAAAGCCCAUACUUAUAAAAUAUGAGAUGAUGGAUGAGAGCCCAAAUGUGGCUGGGGAUGGCCCAGAAGACACCCAGGAGGACCCUGUUGACAAACAUUCCCUGGAAGUCCUCGGGGAGUUAGCUCAGGCCAGAGAACAGCCCCUGGAAGGAGAGACAGGUGAGAGACCAGAACUGGAUAGAGCCUCAGUGACUGAUGAUACUAGUCCCAAAUCAAAAGAGGCUUUUCCUCAAAAAGGAGCUUCCAGGGGUGUUUCAGAUGCUUGUGAGGAAGCCAGAGCCAGUGAUAGAACCACUGUGGGCCAUGGUGUGAGUGAGGGUGUCCUGCCCAACAGGAUACCUACCUCCAUACAGAUCAUGAAGGAAUUGAUCAGCUCAAAGCAAGGCCGGCCCAGCAGCCUGCCUGAAGUGUCUGGUGUAGUGGGAAGGAGGCUCAGCCACUCUGCCCGUGCUCUUGUCACUUGUCUCGCCAGGCUCCACUUCUUUGAUGAAGACCUUGGGUCUCCUGUCAGCAAAGUGAGGUACAUAGACUCCCCUCAGUUCCAGGAGCUCCUGGCCAUUUUCCAGUCCUUGUGGCCACAGUAUGACCUUGGGAAGGAAGAGCUGGACUUGGGCCUCCAGGAGCUCAGAUCAUGCCAAGCUCUGCCAGACUUCACAUCCCACACUGUGACUGAGGACUUCACCCCGACAUCCUCCUCAGGAGUAGAUGUCUGCAGUGGUUGCAGAGGCUCAGGGGAGGGCAGCGGGCCUUGCCCUGUGGACUGCGCCCUGACUGCUGAGAGGAUGGAGCUGCCCUUAAAAAUGGUGACAAGCAUCAUCUCCUAUCAGAGGCCUGACUCCAGAACCUCAGAGAACCCAGAGGAUCUGAGAAACCAACACCUGAGUAGUCCCAAAGCCUCCUCAAACUCCCAAACUUGGACUUGUGCCACAAGCCAGGAUGAAGCAGGAGAAAACAGCAGGGAGCAGAUGCUGGACAAUAGCCUAGAACAAGUAGUUGAUAACACGAUGCAAGAAGCGGGGGUACAAGUAGAGAAGACACAAGAAGAAAUAGAAAAAGAAGAAAUGCAAGAAGAGCAUAGUAAAGAGGAAGAGUUUCCAGAAGAGGAAAGAGUCAACAAACAGGAUUCAUCAGUGGACGGCACUCAGGAUGGAGAGGGCAUACAGGAAGACACGAGAAUACAGAAAGAGGAAGCAGGAAGAGACCCUGACUCCGUAGACCUGUGUCCUCCAGGAAUGAGUGAUAAACCAGCAGAGCCCUCCAGUAGCCCCAGUGAGAGUGACUCUCAUGCCAGUGAGCAUCAAAGUGGCCCCAUGUUUGAGCCUGGUUUGAAAAAGCUGCCUAGAAAUGCUGAGAUGGCAGGUGAACAAACCCAGAUCAAUUCCACUCAGGAGACUGGGGAGAAGAGCAGCUCCAUGGCCCACAGAGGGCUCCUGGAUCUUGACCCCAUCUGGGUGUUCAGGUUAUUGAAGAAAAUAGAGAAGGCCUUCAUGACCCACUUUGCCAGUGCCAUAGCCACGGUCCGUCUGCAGAACGACGAUCUGCUGGAUCAGAUGGUGGCAGAGGUGGAGCAGAACUUGGGCUGGCGGCUCUAAGAGAGCAUUGAGAAGGAGGUCAGGAAGAUCCAGAGCAGGGCCAGGAGGAAGGCGCCCAGGCCAUCCCGGGAAGCACUGCGGUGGGAGGCUUCGAUGCAGACAGAGCAGCAGAGACGCCGCUUCCAGGGCCUGCGCAACCUCUCUGCCUUCAAGGAGCAGACCCGAGCCCAUGGGCUCUUCUCCCUCACCCUGGAGGAUAAGCCAUCCCUCAGUGGUGCCCCAGGGACUGAGCUGGGUGGGAAGGCCAAGGGGGAGGGGUUUUGCCCCUGUGAGGCCUGCAUGAGGAAGAAAGUGAGCCCCACAUCCUCGAGGGACACAAUGGGACAAUGCAGUGCACCCAUUGAAAAGGCCUUUGACCUGCAGCAGAUUUUGCAGAAGAGGAAGGGAGGACCUAUUAAUGGGGAGGCACUAGAGGGAGCUCCUAAGAAGGGAGGGAUGGGGCUGCUUCAGAAGGCCUCCUCGAGGACCGGAUCUGUCCAGGGAGCUGAUGGAGAGCUGGUGCUGGGAUUAGGCCCUGGUUCUUGGGUGGAUGAGGGAGAUGAGGAUAAAGGGAACCAGAAACUCAGAGGAGAUGAAAAUCUUGAACUAGGGGAGGCAGAGGGGGCUAAUUACCAGGAGGGAGAGGAGGACUCAGAUGCCCAGAAGAAAGACAGGAAAACAGAUAUCAGUGUUGGCAACAACCUGGAGAAAGAAGAAUGGGAGGAGAAGGAUGUGGGUGAGCAGGAAGAAAACAGGAAUGAAGAAUCUGGGAAUGAGGAUAAUUUGGAGGGUUAAGCCUCAGGAAGAGGUGACCAAGGUCCAGGAGGAGAGGGUGAUGGUGCAGAUGCUAUCAAGGCCCAGGAAGCUGAAGGAGAGGGACAGAGUCGAGAGGUGAGAAAGAAGGUAUCCCACCAGUUAGCCAAGGAGAGGGCCACUUGA